CACAAAGUAGAGGCUAAAAAUCGUGCAAAUCCUAUCCCGGUAAACUCCAAAACCGAUACUAACCCCUAAUCCCUACCUUAAAACUCCGAAGCAGACCCUCGAGAACGCAAUCGAACUCGCAGAGUGAAAUUGACAGCGGAGAACAUGGUAGAAGCAGAUGAACCAGCGGAAAUCGACGUACCAUUGAACCGAAAAAGUAAGUCAAAGAAGCAAAAAACUCGAGCCCGAUACGCCGAAGUAGCCCGUAAUACUGAACCCGCUCAAUUUUCCGGCCCGACAGAAAAAAUCAAUUCUUGUACUACUUCACCAGGAAUCAUAACUUCAAUUUUCGAUUAUUCAGUUGAAAAUCACUUCAAAGCCGUUCAUACAAUAUCCAAACUCUGUGGAGAGCCAGAAAUAAUUGGUUCUAAUAAAACCGAAAUUCAACGAUUCUCCAAUGCUAUUACAUUCUUGAGAGAAUGGAGGCAUUUUUCUUACCCGCCAAGGACCAUAAGAUUUGCUUGUCAAAAAGAGAGAAAUAGUUCCAAGGUUAAAGAUGUAAUAGGUGGGAUUACCUUGCCUCAGUUUUCUGCUGCUACCGUUCCUAAGGAGGCACAGAAUGGGGGAAUGGUUGCAGGUUCUGAAUCAAGCAAAGACUUUGUAAUGUAUGUUGGAGGCAAUGUCUGGGCAGUAGACUGGUGCCCUAGAGCUGACCGUAGUUCUCUCAAUCACAUUAAUUCUGAGUUCGUCGCUGUUGCUGCUCAUCCACCUGAAUCUACAUAUCACAAGAUCGGUGUCCCUUUAACUGGCAGGGGUGUCAUCCAGAUAUGGUGUUUACUUAAUGUCUGUUCAGAAGAUGCACCUUCUCAAGUGAAUAAAAAGCGAAAAUUGGGUACCAAGAAAAAGGAGAGAGUUAAGGCUAAUGAAUCAAUAAAACUGCCAAGGCCAAGAGGGAGACCAAGAAAGAAACCUAUAAAUGAAAAUGUGGAGAAGAUCGACUCAGAUAGCCAAUAUGUGCAAUCUCUUGCAAUUGAAUACCUUGAAGAUAUAUCUGGAUUGUAUUCUGUACAGAGGGCUUCUGCAGAUACAAAUGAACAAGUUGUCAGUGAAUACUCUAGGACAAAACUUGACGAUUCAGUAAAUGCAAAUGCAUUGUUGAUGGCUUCUCAGGUGAAUAAAGAAAAGGAAACAGUUAAGGCCAAUGAAUCGACAAGAUCACAAAGGCCAAGAGGGAGACCACGAAAGAAACCUGUGGAGAAGAUUGAUUCAGAGAGCCAAUAUGUGCAACCUCUGGCAAUUGACUACCCUGAAGAUUCAUCCAUAUUACAUUCUAUAGAGAGCGCUUCUGCAAAUACAAACGAACAUGAUGAUUCAGUUAAUGAAGAUGCAUUAUUGAUGGCUUUUCAGGUGAAUAAAGAAAAGGAAACACUUAAAUCCAACAAUUCAACAAAACCUCAAAGACUACGAAGGAGACCACUAAAGAAACCUGUAAAUGUACCUGUGGAGAAGAUUGAUUCUGAGAGCCAAUAUGUGCAACCUCUUGCAAUUGAGUACCCUGAAGAUUCAUCUAGAUUACAUUCUGUAGAGACGGAUUCCGCAAAUACGAAUGAACAAGUUGUCAGUGGAGACUCUAGAGCAAAACUUGUUGAUUCGGUUAAUGCAGAUGCAUUAUUGUUGGCUUCUCGGGUGAAUAAAAAACCAAAAUUGGGUAUCACUAAAAAGGAAGCAGUUAAGACCAACGAAUCAACAAAAUUGCAAAGGCCAAGAGGAAGAACAAGAAAGAAAUCUACAAAUGAACCUGUGGAGAAGAUUGAUUCAGAUAUCCACUAUGUGGAAGCUCUUGCAAUUGAACAACCUGAAGAUUCAUCAAGAUUACAUUUUGUAGAGAUGGCUUCUGCAAUUUCGAACGAUGUUGCAUUGCCUAGAAUGAUGUUAUGUUUAGCUCAUAACGGAAAAGUUGCAUGGGAUGUGAAGUGGCGACCAUUUAGUGCUCGUGAUUCUGAAUCCAUGCACAGAAUGGGGUAUCUUGCUGUCUUGCUUGGAAAUGGAGCGCUAGAAGUGUGGGAGGUUCCUUUUCCUCGCACAGUUGAACUUAUAUAUCCUGCUUGCCAAAAAGAGGGUACUGAUCCUCGGUUCAUCAAACUGGCACCAGUAUUCAGAUGUUCAACGCUAAAGUGUGGUGAUAGGCAAAGUAUUCCUUUAACCGUGGAGUGGUCUACAUCCGCUCUGCAUGAUAUGAUUCUGGCUGGAUGUCAUGACGGAGUGGUUGCCUUGUGGAAAUUUUCAACGACCGGAUCAUCAACUGACACCAGGCCGCUGCUCUGCUUCAGUGCAGAUACAGUUCCUAUUAGGGCUCUUGCUUGGGCUCCAGUUCAAAGUGAUUCUGAGGGCGCGAAUGUUAUUGUCACUGCUGGUCAUAAAGGCUUAAAGUUUUGGGACAUACGCGACCCAUUCCAUCCAUUGUGGGACCUUAAUCCUGUCCAGGGGGUGAUUUAUAGUUUGGAUUGGCUGCCAGAUCCAAGAUGUAUUAUUGGAUCCGGUGAUGAUGGAUCAAUAUGGGUCCUCAGCUUAGUGAAGGCUGCACAUGAUAUCCCAAUUACUGGAAAACCUUUUUCUGGAACACAGAGACAAGGAUUACACAGUUAUCACUGUGCCUCAUUCCCAAUAUGGAGCAUUCAAGUGUCUCGGCUAACAGGUAUGGUUGCUUAUUGUGGUGAGGAUGGAACUGCCCUUCGUUUCCAGCUGACAACUAGAGCAGUGGAGAAAGAUCCUUCGCGAAAUCGGCCCCUUCAUUUUCUCUCUGGAUCGUUGAUGGAAGAGGAAUCUACUCUUACCGUGGUUAGUCCUUUGACCAACACUCCGGUCCCAAUGAAGAAGUCCCUCGGUGUGUCGGCUGAUGAUGCCCCAAGAAUAAAAAGUGGGCCCUUGGCUUUAUUAAAUCAGGAGGAAGUAGAAAAGGAGCAAACAGCCAUAUGUCAAGCUUCAGACGAAAAAACUUUAGCUCUAUGCUAUGGAAAUGAUCCUGGAACUGAACUUGAACCCAACAACCCAUGCAUCAUUGCCCAGCAGAGUAAGCCAGCAGCAAAAUCAAAAAAGAGCGAUAAGAAUAAGUUGAAAGCCGAUCCGCAAGCUCAAAUAUCUGGAGACGACAUGGGAAAUUUCCCAGGGGAACGAAGUGACAAAGGACAGAUGCGGCAUGAGAUUGAGGUUUUCCCUCCAAAAAUUGUGGCCAUGCAUAAAGUGAGAUGGAAUAUGAAUAAAGGCAGUGAGAGGUGGCUCUGCUAUGGAGGGGCUGCUGGUUUGAUACGAUGUCAGGAGGUCGACAUGUCUACUUAGAUGUUUACAUUAAUCAUAUUUAAAGCUUCUCUAAUCUCUAGCAGUAGAAAACAUGCGUAUCUCUUUACAUGCUUACAGAUCAAGUUUUAUCCCAGUUUGUAUGUUUCAUCCGAGGAAGAACUUGGUUACAUGUCCAUAAAGGUAGUUUUGAGGCAGUUGUAGGAGGUUCUUGCAUGUUGUUUAUUCAUAAUGUUGUAAAAUUAACUAUAAAAUUCGUAUUUAUGUACAAAUCUUAGCUGCUCUAUUAAUAUGGGAAUUUUCACAUGUAAA